AUGUUACCGGAUAUUCGUGAGGAAAUAGGAAAAAACAAGAAUACUGCUGAAACCACUGGACAAACGAAUAAAAAGAUUUUGAAUGAAUUGGAAAAGCGUCUACUGAAAGCUAAACUUGCUUUCACUGAGCUUGAAAAAAUAGAUAGAAAAUUCAAAAAUGAAGAACAGGAGCUUAAAAAGAACAAAAAAGCACUUUGGGAAAGACCAUGGAAGGUAUUUUCAAACAACACAGAUGCAAGAAAAAUUGAAGCAAAGUUGGUUGCUGUUCAGACAGAAAGAGAGAUACACAAGCAAGAAGGGACAAAAAACGCCACAGAAACAAAAAAUGAAACAGAAGACACGAAAAAAGCGAAACAAAAAGAGGAGCAACAUAAAGACGAACAACGAGAGACAGAACAACGAGAGGAGGAACAAGAAGAGAAGGAACUUGGAGAGAGGGAAAAAGAAGAGAAGGAACAAAGAGAGAAAGAAGAACAACAAAAAGAAGAACGAGAGACGGAGCAAAAGAAAGAAUAA